AUGCCUUCCAUUUCCACAAACACUCCAAAGACCUUAUAUGACAAGGUCUUUGAAGAUCAUAUCGUUCAUAAAGAUGAAUCCGGCUCUUAUUUAUUAUACAUUGAUAGACAUUUAGUUCAUGAAGUUACAUCUCCUCAAGCUUUUGAAGGUUUGAAAACUGCUGGUAGAAAAGUUAGAAGAACUGAUUGUACUUUAGCUACUGUUGAUCAUAAUAUUCCAACUGAAUCAAGAGCAAAUUUCAAAUCUACUGCAACUUUUAUUAAACAACAAGAUUCAAGAUUACAAGUUGAAACUUUAGAACAAAAUGUUAAAGAUUUUGAUGUUACUUUCUUUGGUAUGACUGAUGAUAGACAAGGUAUUGUUCAUAUUAUUGGUCCUGAACAAGGUUUCACAUUACCAGGUACAACUGUUGUCUGUGGUGAUUCACAUACUUCUACUCAUGGUGCUUUUGGUUCUUUAGCUUUUGGUAUUGGUACUUCAGAAGUUGAACAUGUUUUAGCCACUCAAACUAUUAUUCAAGCUAAAUCUAAAAAUAUGAGAAUUUUCAUUGAUGGUGAUUUAAGUCCAGGUAUCACUUCAAAAGAUCUUGUCUUACACGUUAUCGGUGUCAUUGGUACUGCUGGUGGUACCGGUUCCGUUAUUGAAUUUGCUGGUAAGGCAAUUGAAAAUUUAUCAAUGGAAGCUAGAAUGUCCAUCUGUAAUAUGGCCAUUGAAGCUGGUGCAAGAGCUGGUAUGAUUAAACCUGAUCAAACUACUUUUGACUAUAUAGAAGGUCGUCCAUUAGCCCCAAAAGGUGAAGAAUGGACUAAAGCUGUCAACUAUUGGAAAACUUUACACACUGAUGAAGGUGCUCAUUUUGAUCAUGAUAUUAUAAUUAAAGCUUCAGAUAUUGUUCCAACUAUUACUUGGGGUACUUCUCCACAAGAUGCUUUACCAAUUACUGGUUCUGUACCAGAUCCAUCAAAAGUUGAAGAUCCAAUCAAGAAAUCCGGUAUGGAAAGAGCUUUGAAAUAUAUGGGUUUAACACCUGAUACCCCUUUCAAAGAAAUCCCAGUCGAUAAAGUUUUCAUUGGUUCUUGUACAAAUGCUCGUAUUGAAGAUUUAAGAGCUGCUGCUAAAGUGGUUAAAGGUCAUAAAAAAGCCUUUAAUGUCAAACGUGCCAUGGUUGUUCCAGGUUCCGGUUUAGUUAAGAAACAAGCUGAAAAAGAAGGUUUAGAUAAAAUCUUUGAAGCUGCUGAUUUUGAAUGGAGAGAAGCUGGUUGUUCAAUGUGUCUUGGUAUGAAUCCAGAUAUUUUAGAUCCAGAGGAACGUUGUGCUUCAACUUCAAACAGAAAUUUCGAAGGUCGUCAAGGUGCUGCCUCUCGUACACAUUUAAUGUCACCAGCCAUGGCUGCCGCUGCUGGUAUUGUUGGUUACUUUACUGAUAUUAGAGAAUUUCAAUAUAAAAGUUCUGAUGAACCAAGAAUUUCCAUUGAAAAGGAUGAAGAUGAAUCAUUACAAAAAGCUGUUUAUGAUCAUGAAAAGGAACCAUUAGAAGAAGGUGAAACUGAACAAGAAAAGAAGGAUGAUGAAUUAAAAGAUAUCCCACCAUCAGAUCACACCGUCAAGGAAACCCCAGUUGAAUCUGCUGGUACACCAUCAAACGCCUUCACCACUUUAACUGGUACAACAGCGCCACUAGAUAAAGCUAAUGUUGAUACUGAUGCCAUCAUUCCAAAACAAUUUUUGAAAACUAUCAAAAGAACUGGUUUGAAAGAUGGUUUAUUCUAUGAAUUAAGAUUUGUUAAAGACUCAGAAGGUAAAGAUGUUGAAACUGAUUUUGUUUUAAAUGUUGAACCAUACAGAAAUGCUGAAAUCUUAUUAGUUACUGGUGAUAACUUUGGUUGUGGUUCUUCAAGAGAACAUGCUCCAUGGGCUUUAAAAGAUUUUGGUAUUAAAUCCAUUAUUGCUCCUUCAUUUGGUGAUAUUUUCUACAACAACUCCUUCAAGAAUUUCAUCUUACCAAUUAGAUUACCACAAGACGUUAUCUUGGAAAAAUUAUACCCAGUUGCUAAAGCUGGUAAACCUUUAACUAUUGAUUUACCAAACCAACAAAUCUUGGGUCCUGAUAAAGAAGUUUUAGUUGAUCAUUUUGAUGUUGAACCAUUCAGAAAACAUUGUUUAGUCAAUGGUUUAGACGAUAUUGGUUUAACUUUACAAAAAGAAGAAUUCAUUUCUCAAUAUGAAGCUAAAAGAAGAGAAAAUUUCUCCUUUUUAGAAGGUGGUUCAAAAUUAGUCAAACCAAUUAAAGGUACCAAAAAGAGUAAAUUUGGUGUUAAAGCACAAGAAUGGUAA